AACGAAAAUACUGCAGCAGCCAAAACUAAAAAAAUUUCAUGAGGCCUAAAAUAAUUUACGUGUUCAGAGUUAAAUUUCAAAAAACCUACGAACAGGAGGUUAAAUAUCAAAAAAAUUCCAAAGGAAGCCCCCAAACCAACAAUCUCUUCUGUUUCCGGUGCCGACCACGGCGCCGCAGGACAGCGGAGGGCUCCGCCGCGGGCGGGCGGCGGUUCCAAGGUCGUGGAGAAGAUCCCUACGCUUCCCCUAGCUUCACUCCUUUUGCUCUGCCGGCGGCACUUGAACAGGAAGCGUCGUCGCCAGCUCGCCGCCGCGGCAACCGAACGAACACCAUCGCUUCGCCGCCUGCUCGCGCCUCUUCCAAUUCCAAGCAAAACAAACAAACCAGCAAUGCCGCGCCAGGGCCCGCGCCGCCUCCCUGCCGGAGAACGCAACCGUCGCCUCGCCGAGGAGGUGCUCUACCUGCACUCCCUCUGGCGUCGCGGAGGCCCCGCCCCAGCCCCGUUCCAGUCGCGCUCCGACCGACGCGAACAACGCGAACGCAGCGGGCUCAUCAGCGCCCUCCGCCACGAAGAACGCGACCGCCUCAGGCUCGACCGCGCCCACCGCCGCAAAGAACGCAAGCGACGGAAGAUCGACCGCGCCGCCGCCGAGCCGGCCUUCGCGCCGUCUCCGCCCACCUCUUCGCCGGGAACCUUGGCGGAAGCCGCCGGCGCCUCAACCCCUUCCACCGCGAAUCCGCCGCCUCCGACGACUCCCCCCGGCUCGCUCGCGCAGCGGGAGACCGUGCGCUCCUCCGUGGAGUUCACCAACCGCGACCCCGUCUAUAUCGACGGGGAGGGGUGCGAUUUGGACGGCGAUAAGGCGGAGGAAGAGGAGGCGGCGCGCUACUUCACCGGGCUGUUCGAGCGGGACGCGUGGCUGCGAGGCCACUACACGGAUAGGUGGCGCAAGGGGCGGUUCCAGUGCAUGGUGUGCGCCGCGGGGGGCGGGAAGAAGGUGGGGAGGGCGGUGCGGCGGUUCCGGGGCUGCUUGGCGCUCGUGCACCACGCGCGCGACGCCUCGCGGCGGCGGUCGCUGUGCGGGAGGUGCGGGAGGUACGGGAGGCCCGGGGCGCACCGCGCGCUCGCCGCUGUCGUCUGCCGAAUGCUCAGGUGGGAUCUCGAGAAACUGGCCCUGCCUCGCGUCGUGAUCGAUCCCCGGGCCACGGCCGGUGUUCAACAUGCCAAGGAGAAUGAUGAUACUGGGGAGAACAAUGGCUACUCGACUGAUGAUGAUAGCUAUUCGAUUCAUGAGGAUGAAGAGAGUGAUGACGAGGAGAGUGUGGAUGAAGAGGAGGACAUUGAGAGAGGGAUGCCAGACCCAGGUACUGAUGGUUUUGAAGAGGACAGUGAAAUAGAGAGCAAUGAAGAGUAUGCUGUAAAGGAGGAUCGUGAGAACAGGAUGGAAGACUUGAGUACUGAUGGUGAUGAAGAUGCUGAUGAACUAGAGAGAAGUAAAGAGGCUGGUCAAAAGGAUGCUGAUACAGGAGCAGAAGGCUCUAAAAUUACUGAUGGUGAUACAGAGGCUAUUGAACUAGAUAACAGUGAGAAGAUUCCUGAAAAGGAAGCUGCUAAUUCUAUUGCAAGAAAACGGGAUUUGAAGAUAAGAGAUCGCCUGUUGAGUCUCACCCAUGCAAAACCCGUGGGCACAGGACCAAAGGAAAUGGAAGUCCAGAAAAGGAGUAGUGUGCCAAAACACAAGGAGGUUUCGACACCAGGCAGCAAAUUUAAUGAAGGCAGUGACAAAGCCAAACGAAAGGCAUCAGCUUUGUCGUAUCAAGGCCAAUCAUGCGCAUCUGGUGUUGUGAAGAAGGUGAAAGUGAACCAGCAACCCAGCAACAAAGGGAAGCAGAGCAAAACUAGUGAAAUCGGAGCAAGUGCUCGGAAAGCUAAGCGACCCGCUGUGGCUGCAAGAAAGGCGAAGUUACUAGCCAAGAAGCAACUAGCCAAGAAACACAGCCAUGAAACGCAAGGUGGAUGUCUCAAUUCCUGAGAAUACAGACAGGAGCAGAAGUCCAAGGAAGUAGUUAUCCAUUUCGUUGGUUGUUUGCCCCUGUCAAAUUGUAACAUGGGUUUCAGUGGAUGACCCUGGUCAGAUGAUCAUGUUACUGCAGAGAAGCAAUGCGCCCCCUCCAACAGGUUCUUGAAUUAGAUGUCAAGUGUUAUCAUCCUCUAUUCCAGUUGUGUCGCUAGUCAGUGAUAUAGAUAUAGAGUGAUAUUAUUUAAACGGCUCUCUAAAUGUUUAGAGAUAGAGUCUAAGAAAGACUCUCGAAGAUCCUCAGCUAACGACUAAGAAGGUGUUUGGCAAAGCUCCUCUUGAGGAACUGGAGACGUCAAAACAGCUUUGGCUUCUUUGUUUUUUUUAA